UAGAAAGAAACUAUCUUAAUAAUUAUAGCACACAAUUGCAUCUUCAAAUAAUCUAAAAUGGAAAGUCUCCAACUUAAUACUUACAGAUUGCCUUCUCACUCUGUGCCUUGCAACCUCCAUUAUAAUUCCAACCACUGCAAAAACCUUAAAUUCUCCAGACAUUAUGGCUUCUCUAGAGGCAAAAUCAGAGCCACUGCAACCAUCCCAGAUAGUGACUCCCAGUCAAAUGCUAAUGAAGGACCUCCAGUAGUCAAUUUUGCAUUUGUUCAUUCUGUGUUACUCCCGGAUUGCACCCCAGAUGUGCAUUUUAGAACAGCCCGUGGAGGGCAGAAGCUUAGGAAUAUAAUGCUGGAUGGGAACAUUGAUUUGUAUGGACCAUACGCUAGACCUCUGCUGAAUUGUGGGGGAGGAGGAACCUGUUGUACUUGUAUGGUGGAGGUUAUUCAAGGAAAGGAGCUGCUAAGCCAAAAAACUGACAAAGAGAAGGAAAAGCUGAAGAGGCAACCAAAAAACUGGAGGUUGGCUUGCCAAACCACGGUUGGAACUCCUGAAUCUACUGGGCUGGUUGUCAUUCAGCAACUUCCUGAAUGGAAAGGACAUGAAUGGAAAUAUAAAAAAGUUUUCCCUCCAGAAUUGUCCGAGUAACAACUUUUGUGUAUUAUGUAUUAUAAAUCAUAAACAAUUGUUUCAAAUAUAAUACUAAAAUUGUGAGAACUUUUCUUAUACAAA